GCAGAGAUGGGUAACAGUUCAUCAAUCCCUGAUGGCUGCCCACUGAGGAUUGUGAUCAUUGGGAAAACUGGUGUUGGGAAAAGUGCUGCUGGUAACACCAUUAUUGGCAAAGAAACGUUUAAGGCUAAUGAGAGUUCAGAGUCAGUGACAGUGCACUGUGAGGCAGUUAAACUUGAGUGCACUAGAAAUGUCAAGUUGGUUGAUACACCUGGCCUUCUGGAUACAUCUAAGACUGCAGACAGUAUAAAGAAAGAAAUCGCGAAAUGCAUCCAGAUCUCCACUCCCGGCCCUCAUGUCUUCCUCCUGGUCCUUCAGAUUGGCAGGUUUACCAAAGAAGAAGAAAACUGUGUGGAUGCCCUGGAGAAACUCUUUGGACCUGACGCAUCAAACUACAUGAUGAUUCUGUUUACUCAUGGUGACAAACUAACAAACAAGAAGAUAACCAUACAUGCCUAUUUGAGAACUGGCCACCAGAAGCUCAGAGAGCUGCUGAACAGGUGCGGUAAUAGGUACCAUGUAUUCGAUAACAAAAACAUCUGGAACAGAGUUCAGGUUGUUGAGCUGUUCAGAAAAAUUGAUGACAUGGUGGCAGCAAAUGGAGAAACACAUUACACCGAUGAAAUGUUUGAUAAGGCACAGCAAAUUCUGCAGCAGCAUGAAGCCAUGUAUGACAAUGAAUACCUCGCUAACAACGUGACCUUCAUGGCCGAACUGUUGCAGAGAAUCAUCUUGUUCCAGACCGUCUUGGGUUCAGAUAACGACGGUUAG